AUUUGAAUGUAACACGGCACCGGAAGUCGUCGUUACACGUGAAAGCCCAAACAACCCGUGCGGCAUGCGGGAUGGGCUGCGGGAGUUAACGUGACGCCGUGCGGGACUGUUGGUGUGCGGGACAUGGACGAGGAGCAGACGGACGGGUACAGCGAGCCCUGUGCUCAGUGCUCGGAGGUGGCCUGGGCUGUUUCAGAUGAAGGACGAUUCUACUGCAAGUCCUGCCAUAAUGUUAUCGAGAGGACCAGGGACGUGGUGGACACGUCGUUCAUUCCCGGCUCCAACCGGAUCUCCUACAUCUCCAAGGGAAAGAGAGGCAAAAAAUCUGAACAAGGCCGUCUGUGGAUGAUCUGCGAAGGGUUCCAGUUCAUCCUGAGGAACCAGGCCGACGCUCUGCUCAGGCUGGGCGUCCGCUCCAGCUUCAAGGACGAGGUGCUGUGCCAGCUGUGGAGGCUGUACCUGCAGCGCAGCCGGCAGGCCUACAGCAGCCAGCCCAUCCGCAGCCUCCGCCUCAAAGUGCGAGCUCCGGGCUCGGACUCGGACAGCGCUUCCGAGUCCGUCAUGUCGGCUUCCAUCGCGUCCGCCAGCGAGACGGACGGCGAGGGCGACCUGCACAGCACGGCCGCGUCCAACACAGGGGAGUCGAGUGACGGCGUGUCGGUGUGUUCGGGCUCGGCGGACGUCGUCUCCUACCUGACGCCGUCGAGGAAGCGGGGCGGCGGCCUGAUGACCAUGAGGAAGACGCUGGCCCUCCUCUUCCUCGCCCUGCUGUGGAGCCGCGAGGCGCUGACGCUGUCCGACCUGCUCAGGCUGGUGAACGAGGGUCACGUCCCGUACGUGAACGCCCAUGAGAGCCUCCCUGAGGAGAUGAGGCUCCACGGCAGAGACACACUCAUGUUCAAGGUGGAGUCUGUUCCCUCUCACAGACUCCUGCAGCAGGAGGCGCAGAGCCUGGCUCACCUCCUGCAGCUUCCUCCUUUUCCUCCCAUCAGCCCCCUGUGCCUGCUGCACCCGGCGCCGCUCAGCCUGCGCUACCUGACCGCCCUCAACCUGCCAGACGCGCUCCAUGCGUGGGUUUGCCGCGUGGCGCUGCAGGCCGGCCUGAUGGACGAGGCGCUGCUCACGUUCGACCCCCGGCCGUCCCGCCCCGCUCUGCCGGCGUACGACCUCCAGGCCGCCGCCCUCAUCAUCGUCACCAUGAAGCUGCUCUUCGGCCUGGACGACCACACAGAAUGGGAUUUAUCGAGCGAUGCAGCGGAGCAGGACAGGGAGCAGCCAGAAAGUGACGUGUUCAGCCUGAGGCGCUGGUACCGCCUGCUGGGGGCAGCACUGAGCCGAGCCAGGCAGAGGAGGCGGGAGGAGACGGCCAGGAAACAGUGGAAGGCACAGAAACCUCUUUACUUGUCCGGGACAAAGAAGCAGCUCAUCCUCAAGAGGAGAAGAGUAGCGGAGCAGCUGCAGAUCUGCUUCGAGAAGCUCAGCGGCUCCUCGGCCCGGCAGCGUCCCGCUCCCCGCAGCUUCUGCUUCCUGUGGGGCGAGGGCGAGGGCGAGGGCGAGGGCGAGGGGGCGGAGUCAGAAAGGUCAGACGGGCCCAGCCUGCACGGACAGACCCUGCAGGGCGACAGGAUCCCCCCCAACCUGGAGUACUGGCACCCAGCGCUGAAAACCUGCACCAAGACCUGCAAGAGUCACUACGAGGAGUUUGAGCCCACGCUGCCCAGGACCUUCGUCUGGCUGCUGGAGCUCUUCUCCUUCCUGCUGGAGGUGAAGCCGGCCUCCGUGUACGAGGAGGUGCUGAAGGUGGAGCGACGCCUCCUCAGGGGAAGGAAACCCCCCCCCCCAAAAAAAAACUCCACCCAGGACGUCCCGGAGAAACCACGGGACAGGAGAAACCAGACGGUUGACCUGCUCCCAGGCGAGAGGCGAUGCUGACGGGUCGCAGGUUUGAUCCCGGCGGCAGGUGAACCCAGUCCUGCUCUCUGAUUGGACGUCUCUCUGAGCGACAGCAUGACAUCACUGUCUCAUGUGCAGCUUUUACCAGAGUUUUCUAUCUGCAGCACGUCUUUGUUUGUUUGUUUGUUUGUUUGUUUUCUGCUGGAGUGAACUCCUACAAACUGAGAGGGUGAGAAACCGGCUGGACGGGCCGUGUUGGAUCAGGGUUUGGAUCAGACGCCGCGCUCAGGUGAUGCCCAUCCACCGGACAAAUGUUUAAAAUCGCUUGAAUAAUUGAUCAAGUAAAAUCACCAAACAUCGUCUGAUUCCAGCUUCACUGAGAGUUUCAGACGGUCCUCCUUCUCUCGGUUCAUAUCUUUAUAGGAAAAUGCACCAAACGCAUUUUUAUGAAGAAAAUUUCCAAAUUCUCUGAUUCCAGCUGCUCAGACUUGAAUAUUUCCUGGUUUCUGUAAACUAAAACUAAAUAAACCAAAUAUCUUUGGGUCGUGGACAAAAACGAGACAUUUGAGGACGUCGCCGUCGGCUGGGAGGAAUUGUAAACAAUAUUUUUCGACAUUUUCUGACAUUUCAUGGACCAAACAACUAAUCUCUGAAAAAAAAAAAAAAAAAUCAACAGGUUCAUCAAAAAUAAAAAUCAUUGUCUGCCGCUCAAAUCUUGGGAUUUUCACAGUCUUCAUGCUAACAUUAGCUAACGUUAAGCCCAGUUAGCCCCUUUAUUUCUAAGCGAUAAUCUCUAAUCUCACUGUUGCUGUUUUUGUUCAUCCUGCCUGGAGCUGCAGCUAGUAAUCCAAUAAGUGAUUAGCUUUUAGAUUAGCUGGCAACUAUUAAAUUAAUCCGCAACUAUUUUGAUGAUGGAUUCAUCGUUUUGAGGCAUUUUUCAUGCUAACAUUAGCUGCAGUUAGCUUCUCAGCAAUAUGACCUGCAGGUGAAAAUUAUCUUUAUUUUAGCAUCAAAUGACAAGGUUCAUGUGGACUACUUUUAUUUUUUUUCUUAAUCACUGCAUGUGGGCCUUAUAAAGUAGUUGUGUUUAGUUCAGGCAGGUCUGAGUGUUUGGCAUGGAGACGAUGGCACCGGCGGGGCGGGCCGGGGCGAGAGCAGCACGGGACGUCCCUCCAUGAAACUGACCACACCUGCUCUCCUGUCGUUCCCACCUGAACGAAGCUCCUCUGUUCUCAGGGUUUGAGGGUUUGGUCUUCAGCAGAAACAGCCUGCUGCCGUGGAGGAGGUCAGAGGUCAAACUGAGACCGCAGCCCUGUCAGAGGUCACUGAAUUAAAAAAAAAAAAAAAAUCACCGAAACCACAGAGGUGUAAACAAACGUCCCGGCUGU